AUGGCUGCCAAUUUAUCAAACCUGACAAUAGCACUCGUCACCGGAGCAAACCAAGGCAUUGGAUACGAAAUUGCAAAGCGCUUAUCAUCUGAAAACCCAGACUAUCAUGUCUAUAUGACUGGCCGACGGAAAGACGCCAUAGAGAAAGCCGCGGCAGAACUCCAAUCUGCAGGAUUGAACGUGGAGCCCCUGGUGCUUGACGUCACUUCCGACGAAAGCAUAGCUUCCGCUGUGGAAAGCGUUCGCACGAAGUUCGGUCGCAUCGAUGUUGUCAUCAACAAUGCUGGUAUCUGCAACGGUAAUCCAAAAGACACGCCUCGACAACGUCUCAAAGAAAUCUUUGACACGAACACUUUCGGAGCUGUUGUGGUCACAGAUGCAUUCAUGCCUCUUCUGAAUAACUCGACUAAGACUCGACGGAUUGUAUUUGUAAGCUCCGGUCUGGGGAGCCUUGCAAUUCGGACAGACCCAACCAUUGGUGACAGACUGGACUUAAUCGAGUAUGGAGCAAGUAAGGCAGCUCUCAACCACGCUGCCAUGACUUUUGCCUCGCGGCACCGAGGGGACAACUCUUGGAAGUUCAAUGUUUGUUGCCCCGGAUACUGCGCUACGAAUAUGAACGGAUAUUCUGGACCUGAUGAUGCAUCUUUGGGGUCUAUUCAGCCAGUCAAGCUGGCAACGUUAGGGCCUGAUGGAGUUAGUGCGACGUUUUCAAAUAGGCAAGGCCCACUGCCCUGGUAA